AUGUCUGCAACAGACGAUAUACUAUACCAAUUAAAAAAUGAAGAUACUCGUAAGGAUGCAUUUAAUAACUUAAAAAAAAUCCUUUUAAAAAAUAAUAAUGAUACCAAGAGCAGCAAAUUGUAUAAUUGUAUCUCUUAUAUUGCUUCACACACCUACUACUUUUCUGAUGAUGAAUACGAAGAAAUUGCAAAACUCGCGCUGUCUAAUAAUGUCAUUACUAAAAAGCAGAAAGAGAAUAUAGAAUAUUGGAUAGGAAAUCGAGAACAUCUCAUCGAGAAAAGAGAGAACGAAGGAGAGAAUAUGGGCGGAUACUUUGUUUAUUAUGAUGGACCGGACGAUAUGGAUCGAUAUUUAGGACAUGGAGAGUUUGAUGAUGAUGUUGGAUACAUUAUGUAUGAUUAA